AUGCCUGUUGUCUUAAUAGAUCCAGAUGUGGUCGUCCGUAUAGCAGAAAUGCCACUAGUGAGCUCUGCCUAUGAUAAGGUCUCAGCAACCUAUGCUGAAACAAAAGAGGCCCAUCCUCUUGUUAAAUCCAUUUUGGAUGCAGCAGAGACGGGCAUCAAGAAAGCAGCAACUGUUGCAGCUAUUGGUGUGCAACCUGUUCUGACUCACCUGGAGCAUCAAAUUGCAGUAGUGAAUGAAUUUGCCUGCCAAGGAUUAAACAAGCUGGAAGAGCAACUGCCAAUUCUUAAACAGCCAGUGGAUAAGGUUAUUUUGGACACCAAAGAGCAUCUGACUUUAAUGCUGGCAAUUGCUGAAGAUGCUGUUAGGGGGGCAAAGGAUGUAGUGACUGGCAUGGCAGGUAGGGCCAAACAAGCUGUGCAAGGAAGGAUAGAAGCAACCAAAUCUGUGGUCAUCAGUGGCGUGAGUGCUAUCAUGGGCUCUGCUUUGGGUGACCAAAUGGCCAAUAUCCUGGAUGCCUUACUGGGAAUAUCUGAGGACUGGGUGGAUCAUUUCCUCCCAAUAACAGAUGAAGAACUGGCUAAGCUUGCAAGUUCUGUUGAAGGGCUUAAUUCAGUUACUGUGGAAGAACAGAAACAGCAAAGGGCCUACUAUGCACACUUGGGCUCGUUCCCACCCAAACUGCGCCGGCGUGCUUACCUGCAUUCAGUGGCCAAAGUGAAGAAAGUGAACCAAACUAUUCAGGAUGGACUUUCCAAGAUUCAUCAAAUGAUUGAUCUGAUCCAAUAUUCCAAGCAGGCUGCUGAUCUAAAAUGUGACGAUCUCCAGGAGCAGCUGAACAAGAUGUGGCUGCAGUGGUACACACCAGACCAAGGAGAGGGUCAAGAGGAGAGCUUGGCAAAUCCAGAGCAAAUAGAAUCUUCUGUGCUAGUGGGAUUGCACAACAUCACCGAGCAGCUGCAGGCCACCUGUUGUGACCUGGUUUCUAAUACUCGGGGGCUACCGGACAAGAUCCUAGAACAUGUCCUGCAGGUCCAGAAUAGUGUUGUUGAACUUCAUGCCUCCUUCAGUGCAGCAGCUUCCUUCCAGGAUAUUUCUGACAGCAUGGUGUCUCAGAGCAAACAGGAAAUACGCAAAGCACAGGAGUCUCUGGAUGGGUUACUCGAUUAUUUGGUUCACAAUGUUCAUCUUAUUUGGCUUGUGGGUCCUUUUACACCUGCUGAAGAACCAGCUGCAGAUCCCAAAACAGAAGAGGAAAUUAACCAACCUGUCAACCUCUAA